GGAGUCACGUGACACUCCUCGAACUCUGGCUGUCAUCUCUCCAGGUCCAGGUCCAAGUGCCGCUCGUCUGUGAGAACAGGACAAACAUGGAGAUCAGUUUCGCGGGUAAACGCGCUCUCGUCACUGGAGCUGGAAAAGCCGUUCCGCAUCCAGUGGAAAUCGAGUCCGAGACAUGGGAGAUUCUGGGGGAUCGAUGGAUGGACGAGUAGAUAGAUAGAUGUUUUUCAUUUUACAUUCAGGGAUUGGCAGGGCCACAGCUCUGGCUCUGGCACGCUGUGGGGCAGAGGUCACGGCGGUCUCGCGCACACAGGCUGACUUGGACACUCUAAUGCAGGAGUGUGCAUCCAUCACUCCGGUGUGUGUGGACCUGGCAGACUGGAGCGCCACGGAGGCAGCCCUGCAGGACAUCGGCCCCAUCGAUCUGCUGGUGAAUAACGCCGCCUAUGCCAACCUACAGCCAUUUCUGGAGGUCACACCUGACCAGUUUGACCGGUCAUUCAGUGUGAAUGUGAAAGCUGUGCUGCAUGUGUCCCAGAUAGUGGCUCGUGGUAUGAAGGCCAGAGGAUCAGGAGGCUCCAUUGUCAACUUGUCCAGCCAGGCCUCGAAGUGUGCCCUCAGAGACCAUGCUGUGUACUGUGCCACUAAAGGAGCCGUGGACAUGCUGACUAAAGUGAUGGCUUUAGAGCUCGGACCCCACAAGAUCCGUGUGAACAGUGUGAACCCCACAGUGGUGAUGACUGAGAUGGGUCGUCUGGGCUGGAGCGACCCCGAAAAAGCCAAGGCCAUGAUGACCCGCAUCCCCCUAGGCCGCUUUGCAGAGGUGGAGGAUGUGGUGAACAGUAUUAUUUUCAUGCUGAGUGAUAAGAGCAACAUGACUAACGGAGUCACUCUGCCGGUGGACGGGGGCUUCCUGGCAUGCUGACCAACAUGAGACACCCCAACACGCUCGGAGCACAAACAAGAACAAUCUGUACGGUGUCAGCAUGGUGAAUAAAAAGAGUCAAGUCAA